ACGGCAAAACUUUUCCUUGCGCAACUUCGCGAACUUCGUUUGUUUUGCACGCCGUGUGUUCCAGCGACAGUCGGAAGUAUAUCGGAAGCAGUGAGGAUCGCUUCGCUAAUAAGAACUGCGGUAUAAUGCUGAAGAGAGAGGUGAUACCUCUUUUGGUAGUCUUCGCUGGACUCACAGCACUCGAGCUUGCCAAUGGGACUAGCUUGUCAGAAAACCACCACAACAUCUGUAGUGAAGUAGUGUGCCGGCCUGGUAGGACAUGUGAGGUUUUGGACAAUGGUCUCCCUUCGUGCCAGUGCAUUAAGCACUGCCCUGACCACAUCAAGCCAGUGUGUGGCUCCAAUGGGGUAUCCUACGAGAAUCACUGCCUGCUGCACAAGGAUGCUUGCCUCUCUCAGAUUCACAUUUCGAUCAAACAUAAAGGACAUUGCAAGAAAGAGAAAUCUCGUCGCGGGAAGCAUGCUUCACGGCCAGUUGUCUGUCUUCAACACGAUCGUGAUCACCUGCGUAAGCAUUUCAUAGAAUCAUUAGAGAGCCAGGUAAAAACACAUCACAACUACGCCUUUGUGCUUUCACGAGCAUUUGUGCGCUGUGAUGACAACAGAGACAACAUGCUCAAUGCAGCCGAAAUGCUCAACUGCCUCAAGAUGAACUACACAGUGUACAGGGAGUGGAAAGGAGACAAGGAUGACCUAGUUGGGUCUCUGUGUGCUGAUGCUAUGGUGGAGGUGGGAGAUCAAGAUGCGGAUUGGUCCCUGUCAAAGAAGGAGUUCCAGGUCUUCAUGGAUCCCGCAUACCGUCCCCCUAUCAAACAAUGUCCACUAGAUGAUGGAUAUCACAACGACGGUGAAGAAGUGAGGGUUGGCUGUAACCGCUGCGUAUGUGCUGGUGGCAACUGGACAUGUGUUGCAAGCCGCUGUGUGUCCAGGUCCCAUGACAGGAAGAAAGGUCACCUUCGCAGCAAGAACAAGCACCACAUCUCCCGUCAGGAGUGGGAAAGAAUACUUCAGGAAUUGAACCACAACUAAGAGAACAGGAACACUCAUAAUCAAGUGCCAAAACUCAUUGCAAGGUAAUGCAAGACAGAAAGAAGAUGCACUCAAGUGCCCAAAGUACUAUGCAACUAAGAAGAAUUUACAUAUAUUUUGAGAAAAAAAUCUCUUCUGGCAUUUUGAAGCCCUUUAAUGCAUUUCUUAAACUGGUGCACUUUUUAUCGGGCAAAUUGUUGUAUUUUACAUGAAGAUCUGAUGUACGUACCAAGUGCUUUUAAUGCUUUUAUGGAGAAAUUUUAGUGAAUGCUUUUAUAGAUAAAUGUUAGCAUUUUUUC